GCGAGGAGGAGGACGGAGCAGAGAGUGAGCGCAGAGAGCGCACAGACACGCAGGGAUCAUGGAGAAAACAUCACCGCUCAGAGGGACUUUGCCAUCCAACGGACUACGACUUUUAACAUCACUUCUCACCUUAUACGGACUUACCACAGGUGUGAGCAGUAACCACGUGAUCGUUCCUGAGAAAGUGAAUGCAGUGCUGGGGAAGAACAUCACACUGGGCUGCAGAAUAGAGGUGGGCUCCAACCUCAGUCUCACACAGAUCUCCUGGGAACGCCGUCUUUCUUCAGGCACCAUUACCUUGGCAGUGUUCAACCCCAAGUAUGGAACCUCAUUCUCUCAAGAAUAUGCCCAGCGCGUCUCAUUUGUGUCCCCUUCAAUACAAGAUGCUACCAUUACCCUUAAAGAAGUUGGCUUCGCAGAUAUCGGGUCCUACACCUGCAAAGUGGCAACAUUUCCUCUGGGCAAUACACAAGCAUCAACCUUCGUCAAUGUAUUAGUGGAGCCAAAGGUUUAUGUGUCCGCCGGCCCCACAGCUCUGCUAGAUGGCGGGAACGAGUCGCUGGUGGCCACCUGCAUAGCAGAGCGUGGCCGUCCCGCUGCUGAGGUUUUCUGGGAGACAGAGCUUUAUGGGCAAAGUGAGAAAGAAAGUCACGAUGAGCCCAACAGCACCACCACCAUACAUGUGCGCUACAUGUGGCAGCCACAGAGCUACGCCCAGGGGAAGACACUCACCUGUGUGGUGCGCCACCCGGCCCUGCAAACAGAGUUCCGCAUACCCUACAUACUAAAUGUUCAGUUUGCACCAAUGGUAUCAAUAAUUGGACUCAACAAAAAUUGGUAUGUUGGUCAAGAGAAUGUGAAGUUCACCUGUAGUGCCAAAGCUAACCCACCUGCCCGUCACUUCACAUGGAUCAGGUUGGAUGGAUUGAUGCCAGAGGGUGUUGAGAUCUCAAACAAUAGCUUUGCUUUCACUCGCCCGUUGGAGCGCAAUGACUCUGGAGUAUAUCGCUGUGAAGUGAUGAAUGACAUUGGUCUUCGCAGUCAGAAUGUGAACCUCUGGGUACAAGAUCCUCCCCCCACCACUGCAGCCCCCAGCACCACCGCAUCCCUCCUCCACGACACAUCUGGAACCGGCACUGCUGUGGACCAGCAGAGAGCCCUGUUCACUUCCCCGACCCUGGCUUCCUUACCUGACAGCAGCCUGGGUACUAUAGUUGGUGGGGCAGUGGGUGGAGUACUGUUCCUGAUCCUCUUGCUGAUCCUGGGUGGGGCCUGUUUCAUGCGCCAGCGCAGAACCUUCAGGGGCGACUACUACACCAAACAGUACCUGGGACCCUCCGACAUGCAGAAGGAGUCUCAGCUGGAUGUGCUGCAGCCACAUGAGCUGCAGGAGGUCUAUGGGGACAAGACGAGCAAAGGCAGCCAGGAGCUAAAACCCAAACUGGGUGGAGACAUCAUUUACCCGGACUACACCCCGGAACGCAAGGACAGGGACGACUGGGCUGACAGGGGGGAUGCCCACAGGGGCCUCAAGGAGGGAAACUACUACCCUGAUCACUACAACACCCAAAACAUGCACCCCUGUGGGCCUCCUGUGCACAGCCCCAUAGUGAACAACGGUUCCCCCUACCUCCCGGAGGACUGCUAUGACAAUGGUACAGACAGCGACUAUGUGUCCCACAUGGACGGAUCUGUGAUCUCGCGCAGAGAGUGGUAUGUUUGAGGAAAGAAGCAAAUGAAAACACAGACAAAUGACUGACUGAGAAUAAUUUAACAACUGACAGAUAUAAAUAUCAUUAAAGGUUGUGUCAUUUCAGUUAAAGGAUGAACAAAAUUUCUCAGCUCAGUUUCACAAUGAGCUCUUUGAACAGUACUGCUCUGCCUUGAUUGUAACCACUUAACCUUAAGGACGUGUUUGUGGAUUGUAUUACACUUUUGUAGCAUUUCAAGGAGCUACAAAUAUGCUGGAUGGCCUCAGUGAUAUAAUCUGUGUAGACUUAAGAGGCUUUGGCAUACAGUGACGUUUCAACUGGUGUGAAUGAGGUUUUGUAUUCUGCUCGUUUGUGUUUGCACCUGUCUCUAAAACAGGUCACUGGUCAGGUGUUCAGACCCUUGUUAGUGAAGUAUUUAUAUUCCUGACUGACUGAGCUUUGCUCCCAUAAAACCUCACAACUUCUGUG